GAAGAGGAGGAGGAGCAGGAGGAGGAGCAGGAGGAGGAGCAGGAGGAGGAGGGACGCAAUGGCGCAGUGCAGGGGGGAGGCGCCUCCUCCCGCCCCCGCGGGCCCCGUGGGGGACCCCGAGCUGCUGCGGCCAGCAGGCGACACCGGCUGGGACUCCUACGCCACCACCAUGAAGACGGCCUUCACGCCCAAGAUGGCGCCCGUGCCCGGCCUGCUCCGGCCGAAGAGCACGCGGAGGCUGGGUUACUCGUACUCGCUGAGCGACCCCAUCCUGAACCAGACCAACUACAACGACGAGUUCGUGUGGAAGACCUCGUGCCGGGAGGACGGGAUCCGGAACGGGACGUCCCGGGGCGUCCGGACGCUCAAGGCGCCCUCAGCCAGCGCUGUGCGGGGUCCGACCGGGCUGGCUUCGGACCCGCGGAGCGAGAAAAGCCCGCGAGACCCGCCCCGCGCCGGCGCAGAAGCCCUCAGCGCCCCGUUUCCGACCCCCCCCCGCCGCCCGCAGUGCGCCGCCCCGUGGACGCUGCCCAAGGAGAAGGACCUGCGGCCUCCGCCCGAGCUGCCACCGCCGCCCUCGGAGGAGAUGCUGCGGGCGCUGGCGCACCAGUUCGAGUCCCGCACCCGGAGCGACUUCCGGAGCCAGGAGGAAGCGAAGAGGACCAUGCAGGCGCCCCCGCGCCCCAGUGGCGCCAAGUCGGUCCUCCCCCAGCCCCUGGACACGGAGGUGCGCUGUCACUACAGGGUCCCCGCCGCCAUCCCCGAGCUGCACAACACCGGGGAGUUCCGCUCCACCCGGAGGGUGGCCGCCCAGGGCCUAGUCCCCUCCGUGCUCUGCAGCCGCCUGCGCCACGAGGAGCGCACGCAGAAGCUGACCACCUACAGCAGCGACUACGGCCAGGCCUGCCUCGACCUCCUCGCGAUGCUCGACUCCUUCUCGCCGGCCCAGGUGCGCUCGUACCUGCGGAGCGUGCCCGGCAAAGACAGGCAGAUCCUGGAGCGCUUCAUCGGGUCCCACUGCCCCGGGGACAUGCACACGGACACGGACACGCAUGUGGACACGGACACGCGCGAGCACGCGGACACGCACGCGGACACGCAGGAGCAGCGGCAGGAGCAGCGGGAGGGGGCCGCGCGGAGGCCCUGAGGCCCGGCGUCCCCGCUCGCUCGCUCUCUCUCUCUCUCUCGCUCUAUGGCUUCGUGUUCUGUUCAUUGUUUUUUUUUCCGUUUUUCGGUUGUUUCUCCCCCCACCCCCACCCCCACCCCCGUCCCGCGUUCGGUUCUGAUUGGAAAAAUUAAUGAUAGUAGAUAAAUAAUAAAACAAUGCAUUCCACCACGUAUGUAAUUAUAUGCAACACAUAACUUGUAUGAUAUGUAACAUAUGUUUAUGGUUUUAUAGGUUAGGAUCUGUUCGUAUGUUUCUCUAUUUCGUGAUAAGCAAACGUAUCCGCGUGCAUCAUACGACCUGCAGAGUUAUGUACAACAUAGUACUCGUAUGGGAGGUUAGCAUGUGCGCAUGUUUACAUGUCACAUUUUAUCGGCUCCUGCAUUUAUUGAUAAACAUAUGUUUGUGUAUAUUAUACAUCAUCUGUUUAUAUCAUGUAUUUAUGACACUUAUAUGUGUUUUAUAUUACAUACAAAACAUAUGUAACACAGCGCGUGAUUACAUAUAUUUUAAAUUUAUAGUGAUUUACAUAUGUAUUAGUAAACGCAUAUUUCCAUGUUAUAGAUCACGUGUGUGAUUGUGAAAAAUACAUAGACUUUAUAUGCAACCUAAAUAACGGUACAUUAUUAUACACGUCUAAUAUUUUAAUUACAUUCUCUCCCGUGUUUCGGAGCAAGGGCCGCGCAGUCCCGGAAGUUGGC